AUGGAGUUCACCCUUGAACACAAAGAGGCUGGAGAUGGCAAGAAGAGAAAGGAGAGGGUUAGGAAGACUAUUGCCAGAGUCAUUGGCAAGCCCUCCAUGAUGAGAGAUUCUGAAGAGGAAGGAGAAGAGGAUGUUGCUCCAGCUCCCAAAGCUCAGAAGCUUAUGGGAGAUGCUAUUAAGUCAGGGGCUGCAACAUCUAAGCCCAAGAAUGCUCCCAAAGCAACAGCUCAAGCUCAGAAGUCUGCACCCAAGAGGGACACCAGGAGCAUUCCUGCAGAAGAGAAGAACAAGGCCCCAGUGCCUCAAGCUAGAGAAGAGGAUGUUGAGUCUCUUAUUUUGAGAAAGUUGAAACCCAAGAUUCCAGACCAUAAUGAUGCUCAUCCAGUAGCUGAGGACAUGCACAUCAGAAAGGAUGCUGGAUUGAGACUUUGGAGACAGUCUGAUCCCUAUGUUGUGAGGAGAAGGACUGCAGUUGAUUACAGGUUCCACACAAAGGAACAGCAAGACUUCUAUGAAACUAUUUUUCUUGACAAGAAGCCCAUUGUGUGUGACAUGAGAUGGGUUGACUAGGAGUACAUCAAGGAGAAAUAAGACCUUCCAGGAGUAUAUGACAGUUUCAAAGCAUGUGGAGUUGACCAAUUUGUUGCCCAGAAGCUCACCAAGUGGAAUGAUGAGCUAAUCAUGCAGUUUUACUCCACAGCUCACUUCUAUCCAGGUGGAAGGAUGGUAUGGAUGUCUGAAGUUCCUGUAGGCAAGCUCUUGGGUUUCCUGGUUUCUAACAGAGGCAUUGAAGCUAACCCGGAAAAAAUCAAGGCAAUCACCUCUCUGGCUAAGCCGGCGUGUCUAAACGACGUCCAGCGUCUAGCAGGCCGCAUUGCUGCUUUGAGCCGGUUUAUAAGACGCUUGGGUGAAAAGGCCAUGCCACUGUACCAGUUGAUGAAGAAAACAGAUGACUUUGUCUGGAAUGACAUUGCUAAUACUGCUUUUGAGGAUUUGAAGAGACAGCUGGCGGAGCCCCCAGUCCUUGCUGCUCCGGUUGACAAGGAGCCCUUAUUACUGUAUGUAGCUGCUAACACACGAGCCGUCAGUGUGGCUGUGGUGGUGGAGCGCAAGGAAGAGGGUAAGGAG